AUGGUUUUCCACGCGAGAACAAAUUUUUUGCGAUUCCAUCAAUCAUUCAAAUCCAUUAUACAAACUAACUCUCUUUAUUUUCCUGAAAAUAUUAAAGUGGUUUUACCACAAAUAAGAGAGUAUGCGAGAAGGAGGAGGAGACACGCGGCAAAAGUAAUUCCAGACAAUUCUCUUCCAUUUACCGAUGCUGUGUCAUUGAUUAAGGCAGUUGAAGUAGGAAAACCGAAUUCUACAUGGGAAUUACAUGUAGAAUUAAAAUUGGAGAAAGGUGCGCCUCCAAUUCGUGGAUCAAUUUUUUUACCAAGACCAAUGUCAAAAACUAAUAAGUUUUUGGUAUUUGCAAAGGGUGCGAAAGCACAAGAAGCUUUGGAAGCCGGUGCGCAUAUGGUCGGUGGCGAUGAACUUAUUACUGAGAUAGCAAAUGGUACUUUUAAAUUUGAAGACAUUAACAAAUGCUUAGCAACCCCAGAUAUAUUUCCAGAAGUUACUAAAAUAGCGAGAAUCCUGGGACCAAAACAUUUGAUGCCAAUGGCCAAAAGAGGUACUGUUACAAAUGAUAUCGCUAGUGUAAUCAAGGAUUUGACUGGAAAACAGGAAAUCAAGAGUGAUAAGACGGGUGUUGUUCAUCUUGGCAAGAAUCGGAAAGUGGACUUAAGAGACAAUAUAAAAGUUAUUUUACAAGAGAUAAAUAAGAUUGGUAAAGAUCAUUCAUCUAAGUCGUCAAAUAAAG